AUGCCGCUCGGACAGGCGUUUCUGGAAGGACAGAUGAUGUACCAACCGGAUCGGGCGCGAAUACCGGACAGGGAACGACGCGAGCGGACGUUACGACAGCUGCAACGGAAGACCAUCCUACAAGCACAACCGAUGCAAAGCAGCGUCUCCAGCACUCUUCUCAGCCUUCGACUCAGGAACCUGCGCAGACUUCGCGACUUCAAGAACCACCAGGUGAUCUAUCGGAUAUGGCUGCAAGGCCUACCACUACCGGUCACGGUCUGCCGCAACAGCUACAGACUGCCGUACAGCAACUGUCCCAGCAGAGAGCUUCGGUGGUACAAGCAGUACAAGCUAGGGCUACUCGGGCACUACAAGGAGUACAAGGAACCCCUCCAACUGCACCCCAACAAGCCUCAGGAUCGAUCACGGCAGCCUCAGGAGACGAUGGACCUCGGCAGGGACUGUGGUCAGUUACGAGGAUCAGUGAGGUCCUACAUCGCCGUUACAGGGCAAGCAGACAACAAUGAGAGGGAGUUUCAUACCUUGCAAUCUCCAUGGCACAAUGGCGGAAUGGACCUCAAGACCAUCGGCUAUAACAUCAAGGUCAAGGAGUUGCGCAACGAGAAUAAUGAGCUGAGACAAGCCUUGGAAACAUCGGCACAGCUCGCGGAGGGCAUCCAGGCAAUGAACUUGGCGGCCAACCUCGCAGUGAUGGGCAAGGUCCUUGGGAACCACGAGAAGCUCCUCCAGGAUUUAGUGGAAGUGGUGGAGUAUCUGAAGGCAAUCCUCUUGCUUGGGGCAAGGCAGCGGCGCCUACUACAGGAGCGGUGGGAGGACUUUCAGAUCGACUGCUUGGUCGAGGAGGCAGUCCGGCACGAACGGAACCUAGUGGAACAGCUGCGGUUCCUCAGUUCGGACCUCUGGGCGAUCGGCAGUCGCGUGAGAAUGAGACAACUUCAGCAGGUGUACAUGGAGAAGAAGGGCGGCGUCGACAACGAAGCGCUGAAGAGCGCAGAGCUACCCGCUCUUCCAGAGCUCAGUGGUGACACGGGAGUUGAGUUUAGUGACUGGUUGUAUGUGGCCGAGCAGACCAUCGGAGCCAUGUCAGACUCAGCGUCCAUCUGGUAUGAGAAGACUAUGGCAUGUGUGAGGGAAGCCUACGCCAGAUACCAGGUGGCCUCGCCGCUGGAACGAUUGUCCAUUGGACCGCGGUCAGCUCCAGAACUACUUGAGCCUCGAUGGGUUCGGCUAGAUCGCAAGGUCAUGACUUUGAUUUUGGCGGCGAUGCCAAAGAUGGUGCGCGAAGAUGCAGUAACGCACAGGGUGUCUUCGGUGGCUGCAGUUCUCUACCGGUUGCACAUUCUGUACUCCCCGGGGGGCAUGGCUGAAAGAACUACGGUGUUGAAGCAGUUGGAGGGUGCUGGGGCGGGCGACAAUGUGGUCGAUGUCAUCACUGCGCUGAGAAAGUGGAAGCGUCAUUUGUCGAGAUCCCAGGAGACGCACCUUUCCGUGCCGGACGCCAGCAUUCUUCUUCGAGGCCUGGACACUAUAUGCGCCAGCUGUAUCCAAAAGCACCCCGAAAUGAGCUUCAGACUCUCUUUGGCCCGGAACGAGCUACAGCUGCAAAGCAGGCCAACUCAGGAGACGGUGAUGAAGUUCUACGACCACCUGAUGGCAGAGCUGCAGCAGGUUCUUCCUGCCAAGUGGGUUCAAAGGGGGACAUCGGGCACAGGGGAGACUCCGAAGAUUAAGGCAAUCGGAGCUGGCACUGGUGAAGUCUUCUCAAAGGGGGUCGGCGUCAUCUACAACGUGCAAGUUCUUCAUCUCGAUGUUGGCACUGCGGCUCCAAGCAGCACCGACAAAAUGAAUGUCCGGCGAAGGCCCUUGGUGGCGGGAACUGUAUCCUCUAUCCCUACUACCGCUGGGAGUGGUGAUGGUAUGGGGGUAACUGAGUCUUUGGGGGCUACUACCAAUGCGGCUGUUCAAGGUCCAGAGUUCCAAGCUUUCAUGAAGGAAGUCAACACUAUGCUGCAACGAAUGUCCAGGCUCAGCAGUUUGAAGAUUGCGGAGUCCCUGGAUCCCGAGGUGAACAGGAUGGAGGCAACGAUGGCUAAGUUUGAUGAGAAGACGGAAGCCUAUGCGCUCCUGGAUUCGGGAGCUACUCAUCCUUUCAAACCAUUCGCUGAGCAGGACUUCACGGAGAUGGUACAGGUGCAGUUGGCCGACGGUCAAACAGUGGACUCGCAGCAGAAUCGUGCGGGUACAUUGAUGCCAGUGAAGAGUGCAGGAAGCAAGGGCAACCCCGUCACCACAAUUGUGCCCCUGGGCACAUUAGUUCAGGAACUCAACUGCACGGUUUCGUGGGACAGACAUGGCCUUCGCGUUCAACAUCCAGAACAUGGAGAGCUCACCACCCAUGUGGUUGGUUCGUGCCCCUUCAUUGGAGAAACAAAGGCCUUGCAGCUCAUCGAGGAGAUCGAGGCUAGAAAGCUCGAGCAGCUGAAGGUGAACACUGUUGAAACGCAGCUGCGCGUCAUGGGCAUGGAGGCUGAGACCUCGUUUGAGCCGUCCUUGAUGGAGUACAGAAGGUCUGGAAAGAGAACAGAUGGCUUGAAGGCCCUGAUGUCCUCGGACUCAGUGUUUCAUCACAUUACUGAGUCACAACGCUGUGCACUUGUUCAGGACAUUGACUUGACGGAUGCAGCCGGCAUGAAGUAUUUGAAGGCCCUCCCCAUCAAGAGAGCGUUGAGGAGGAGAUUGCUGUCCGCUAGAUGGAUUGUGAACAUGUGUUCGGGACCAGAUGAACACCCGGACCUCAAGGCUCUUGAAUCGGAUGGCUUGGUGCUGUUGGAGUUGGACCUGUUCAAGAGCAAGGCGUUUAAUCUACGAGACCAUGGUCCAGCUUAUCGUGUGCUCUUAUGGGCGGCGAUGAGAGGGCAGCUGGAAGGGAUCCUUGGAAGUCCACCCAGAGGUGAAGGCGAAGGCGAAUUGGUGCUCAAGCAGUUGUUUCUGUGGUGGAUUGGCAAGGUAGCCUCGGAAACCAUCGAGAAACGGGAUCCUUACUUUGUGAUGACGAUGCCGGUGAACAGCGCUGUUUGGCUUUCGCCUAUUUGGCCAAGAAUCCGUGCGCUACGUGGAGGGCUCCGAUGGAUCUCGGUUGGGGCACUGAGGUGCGUCACGAAUCUGGCGACCACAUGGCCAGUGGAGGAAUGGGAAGUUAUGACUGGGAAGGGACAACUUCAAUGGACCAAUGACUUCAGCCACAUCCCUUACAACAGGCGUUGUCGAACAUGUGUGGAAACCAAGGGCCAAGCGCCCGGAGCACUCGACUACCGGUACAUGUUGGUGGGGUCGUACACUAUGUGCCCCAUCCAGAUCCCAGUGGUCCUCUACCAGAAGGUGGCCCAGAACCAACAGAUGAUCCAGAUCCCAGUGGUGAGUGGUGAAGAUCCUAUACCUCAGGUGGGCGACCUUGAAAGGGAAGAGAUGGAUGCCUUGAACGCCCAGUACAACGAGCUUGUGGCUGAGGUGGGUGACACGAUGGACUAUCAAGUUCUUCGAUAUGCAGUACCAAUGCGGUCUAGAAGGGCUUCAGAGGUGAAUGCUCGAGUGCGUCAAAUGUACCUGCAGGUGAGGGCCGAUGGAUUGGAAGUGUUUCGUCUACACUCCGAUAGAGCGACCGAGUUGUGCAAUCGUCGACUACGCGAAUGGCUGUUGGAGCGUGGAGUCUUGGCCACCACCGGAGAAGCCCAAACGCCCCAACAAAAUGGGCGUGCCGAGGCCACAGUGAAGUUCGUGAAGUCUGAGAUAUACGGCCAAUCCGGAAAGUACGAUGUGGAAAACAAGUGGGCUCAGGGCGUUUACGUGGGGCCGUCGGAGGAUGUGCAACAUGGCCACGUGGUCCGGUUCCCAGGCGCAACCUUUGUUACCAGUCUACAUCUCAAGCAUAAUUUGGUGGAUGCUGAUGAGUUGGUGGAUUUGGUCCCGAGGGAAAUUGAGAUCCCGCUGCCGGAGCGGAGGAUUCGAGGAAAGAAGCGACUACAUCGGCUUCUAGUGGACCACCCUUUGAGCGUUGAGGAGGAGUUGGCAGAGACUGUGGCAAAGGAGCUCAUCCGGAGCAAGGAUUGGUCUGUGGAAGGGAUCCUGAGACUCUUUGACUACCUGAAGGCAAUCAAACCGAAGCAGCCCAGUGGGAGAGCAGCAACUGCGACGGGUUGUUCGUGGUACACCGGCAUGUUUGUGCAUGGAGGUGUGGUAGGACUACGGGGUGCUACUACGCGGAUGAAGUGGUCAACGAAGUAUUUGGUGGAAGCGGCCAAGCUGAUCACGGAAAAUGAUGAUUUUACGGCUAUCGGGCUGCUCGAGGACAUGGACAAUGGGUGCCACAAGGACUCACACAAUGAGAUCGAUAGCACCAAUGUGGUAACGUUGUUACAGGCUCCGAAAGAAGGAGGCGAUCUUUGGCUGGAGCACGAAGACAUCGACCCCAAGUACGCGGAAUGGAAGCUGGUGGCUAAGAAGCUGUGGAAGAAGGGAUUUACACACCGGCUAGAAGUUGGCAAGCCCUUCAGGUACAACCCCGGUCUGGAAAGCGUGUAG